CAUGAAAAAUUUGUCGUCUGUGGUAGAAAAAGAGCGCAAACUUUGGACUUUUUUGUUUUUGUAAAUGAAAAUAUUAUAAAUUUAGAUUUCAAAUUUUCAAUAUGUUUCCAAUCUAGAUAGUUUUCAUAAAAAUCAAGAAUGGCUUAUAUAUGCCGAUGUCGCCUUGUAUUUAUGUUUAUAAUUUGUAAUUUGCUAUCCGAUUGUGUAUCGACAUUUUACCCUCAUGUGUACCCGCGGGUGAAACUCGAAGCGAAGGCUCACGGAGAGGCCGGCGACCCGCUGAUGCUCACGCCGUACUUGCACAUGGGAGAGUUUGAACUCGCUCGAAACGUUUCUCGCGUGUCGUUGACUGAGAAACUAGGCUUUACCAGUCACGCGGGAUUCUUCACGGUCAACACCGAUUACGGUUCUAAUUUAUACUUCUGGUACUUCCCGGCCUUUAAUAAGAACAAAGCAGCUCCAGUCGUUCUGUGGCUGCAAGGAGGUCCCGGAGGAAGCUCCUUAUUUGGAUUAUUUACUGAAAAUGGACCCUUAAUAGCUAACAAAGAUGGAUUUUCUCUUCGAAAACACCAUUGGGCACACGAAAAUCACUUAAUUUUUAUAGACAACCCAGUCGGAACUGGAUUCAGUUUCACCAAACAUGAUAAGGGCUAUUGCACAGAUGAACAAUGUGUUGCCGAUGGCUUGUAUAUGUGCUUACAACAAUUUUUCACUAUGUUUCCAUCACUCAGAAACAAUGACUUCUACAUCACCGGGGAAUCCUACGCUGGGAAAUAUAUUCCCUCUCUAGCAAUGAAAAUUCAUCUGAGCAAACACAACAUCAAAAUAAACCUUAAAGGUUUGGCCCUGGGCAAUGCUUACUGUGACCCAAUCAAUCAGAUGGACUAUGGCAACUAUUUGUAUCAGCAUGGUUUGAUUGAUUUUGAUCAAAACAAGUUUUUUAACAAGAUGCAAAUGGCAGUUGUUGAAGAAGUCCGUAAAGAGAAUUGGGUUCAAGCUGACAUUCUCAUGGACCAAUUGAUGGACGGAGAGUUGACAAACUAUUCAUAUUUUAAAAACUUUACAGGGUUCGGAAACUAUUACAACUUCUUAGAUCCCACCGACAAAUCUGAGUCUGAUAUGAGUAUUUAUAUUGAUCUUUUAAAAAAUGACAAACUCAGGAAAAGCAUACAUGUGGGGGGUCUUCCAUUUCACUCAGGGAAGGAAGUACAAGAACAUUUAAAGUAUGACAUCUUGAAGUCGGUGGCAUCAUGUGUAUCUGACUUAUUAUCACACUAUCGCCUUCUAUUUUAUAAUGGGCAAUUAGAUAUUAUAGUGGCGUACCCUUUGACAGAGAACUUCCUGCGCAAUUUAAACUUUUCAUCUGCAAAAGAAUAUAGAACAGCUGCAAGACACAUUUGGAGGGUAGAUGAUGAAAUAGCAGGGUACAGCAAGAAGGCUGGCAAUCUGACAGAAGUGCUAGUUAGAAAUGCAGGCCACAUGGUUCCACACGAUCAACCUAAAUGGGCUUUGGAUUUGAUUACUCGUUUUAUAAAGAAUACUUUGUAAGCUCACCCUGGAAGUCAAAGUUGAUUGCAUAGAAUAUUAAAAUGCAGUAGCAGAAUCUCUGGUUUGGACAUUUGCACUUUUUAAACUCUCUACCACAGAUAAUAACUUAGCUUUGUUUAGUAAUUAAUCUUAUGUAUAAAUCUUAAAUAGAUAUAUUUGUUGAGUAAGAGUUUUAGCCAAAAAAUUUAUAUAUUGAGCAAAACCAUAUCCCAAUGCUCAAGGAUUUGCAAAAUGUCCAAUUUAUUGUUCAUAUAUUAAUAUGCAUAUACAUGGGUGGAGGUGGUCACAACCCUCAUAUAUGAGGAGUGCGACUGAAGGAGGAGAUUAAUAUGAAAAUUAUUUGCUCAUGUUGUGUAGUUUACAUAGUUUAAAAAAACAUUAUAUAUUAUAUACAUAUUUUUAUGCAAACUUGGUUUAGAACUUUAGACUCAUUAAAUUAUAUGUGUUUACGUAAUGGUAUGGUAAUAUAAGAAUAAGAAAAAUUGUUGUUAGGCAAACAAUUUUAACAUAACUUGAUGUUUCAAAAGUGCUUGUAAAUUAUGCAUGAUUGAAAUAAAUUAAUUUUGACUUAAGACUGAUUAUAGGAGCAUGCAACAUAAAGGUGGUUUGGUUAGUCAAAAAAAUAAAUGACAUUCUGUAAUGUACACACUUUAUUCCACAUUCAACCUAAAAUAUCAAUAAAUAUUUGACGCUUACACAAUAA